UGUUAUUGUAGGAUUUAUGGUAGAAAUAAUGGCACAUGUAUCUACAAGGAAACUGACCACCUAUAUUUACAGGUAUAGUUCACCUUGAAUUCAACAAUAGGAAACUAGAUUCCAGAGUCAUCUUCAGAGCAGCAUCAUUGCAAUGUCUCAGGCUGUGCAGACGAACGGAACUCAGCCGUUAAGCAAAACAUGGGAACUCAGUUUAUAUGAAUUACAACGAACACCUCAGGAGGCAAUAACGGAUGGCUUGGAAAUUGUGGUUUCACCUCGAAGUCUACAUAGUGAAUUAAUGUGCCCAAUUUGUUUGGAUAUGUUGAAGAAUACCAUGACUACAAAGGAGUGUUUACAUCGUUUUUGUGCAGACUGCAUUAUCACAGCCCUCAGAAGUGGCAAUAAAGAAUGCCCUACCUGCCGGAAAAAGCUAGUUUCUAAAAGAUCUCUAAGGCCAGACCCAAACUUUGAUGCGCUCAUCAGCAAAAUUUAUCCAAGUCGUGAUGAGUACGAAGCUCAUCAGGAAAGAGUAUUAGCCAGGAUCAACAAGCACAAUAAUCAGCAAGCGCUCAGCCACAGCAUUGAGGAGGGACUGAAGAUACAGGCCAUGAACAGAUUACAGCGAGGCAAGAAACAACAGAUUGAAAACGGUAGUGGAGCAGAAGACAAUGGCGAUAGUUCCCACUGUAGUAAUGCAUCCACACACAGCAACCAGGAAGCAGGACCAAGUAACAAAAGGACGAAAACAUCUGAUGAUUCUGGGCUUGAGCUGGAUAAUAACAAUGCAACAGUGGCUAUUGAUCCAGUAAUGGAUGGUGCUAGUGAAAUUGAGUUAGUAUUCAGGCCUCAUCCAACGCUUAUGGAAAAGGAUGACAGUGCACAGACACGAUACAUAAAGACUUCAGGUAAUGCCACUGUUGAUCACUUGUCCAAGUAUCUGGCUGUGAGGUUAGCUUUAGAAGAACUUCGAAGCAAAGGAGAAUCAAACCAGAUGAACCUUGAUACAGCCAGUGAGAAGCAGUAUACCAUUUACAUAGCAACAGCCAGUGGCCAGUUUACUGUGUUAAAUGGCUCUUUUUCUUUGGAAUUGGUCAGUGAGAAAUACUGGAAAGUGAACAAACCCAUGGAACUUUAUUAUGCACCCACAAAGGAGCACAAAUGAGCUUUUACUAAAACCAGUUCUAAGAAUGAACAUUUUGAUAGCCUAUUUCUUUAAUAUUAAAGAUAUACCGUCAUUACUUUUAUGGACAUAACCUUGGAUAUGUUCAGUUUUCUUUCUGAGCCAGACUCGUUUACACUAUUAGAAUCUUUUCCCCUUAAUUUAAGAUUUCCUCUUUGGAAGGGACUGCAAUUGUUCAGUACUUCGUCUUUCCUUUUAAAAAUAAGUUGUAUGUUUUCACAAAGUAUGGUUCCAUUUGGAGCACCUUUUGACCCAGGAAUUUUUCAUAGUUCUGUUAUUCUUAAGUGGAUUCAGUUGGCCAUCCUUUUCCCUCCCUUCAAAAGUUUUUUAGGCUUACAGAAUGUUAAAUAAUAUGUAUUUUGACUUUUUUUCCUGGAGUCUUGUAUAUUUAUAGUUUUCUAUAUAAGCUGUAGUAUCUUCAUGAAGACCAAGGCUCAAACUUACUGUGCUUAAAAAACAAUUCUCAUAGGAUUAUUAUUUUCAUGGUAUUUUCUUCCAUAGUAUCUCAUUUAAAAAAAAAGUUCAUUAUGAACUUAGUGUCCAUUGUCAUGCAAUGUUAUUUUCUUCCAUUUUUUCCCCUCUAAUUUUGGAAUUUCUGAUCCUAGGAGAGAAUCAAAUAAGAUCUCAAGUUCUGUGAGAACUUGGUUCAUUUGCAGAUUUCAGUGAAGGAAAAGAAAUUAAAUUGGUCUUAUGUAGUUUUCAAGUGUAUAUUUAAAGAAGUCUUUUUUGUGUUAGUUCUGUCCCUUUGGUUCCUUUAUUAUGUAUGUUUUUUCCCUAUUAAAAUACCAGAGACAUGGAGAUAUUUUGCACUUUAGUCUUGAUGAAAAGUACAAGAUAUGUUCAAAGCUUCCCUAAUUCUUUUCAUAUUGGUAGCCACAUAAAUUUCAAAAAUAUAUGGCACAUAGAAGUAACAGUGGGGAAAAAUUUUGCUUCUGUUUGAAAAGUGUGUUUAGCAUUUUGGGUUGCCAUAUCAGUUUAUAAAUUCGGUGCUCUGCUAAUUACACUCUAGAGAAGCAGGUUAACGGAACUUGAGCCCUGCUUUGAUGUGUAGUGAAAAUUUAUUCUGUAGAAGAAUGUCCACAGAUAUGGUAAAGUCAUUCUACUCUUAAUUUAGUUUUCUAUUGAAGGACAGUGUUUGGUGUUUGGAGCCAGAAGGCUUUUAUGAUGACAGGUCAGAAAUAAGAUUGACUUGUCUGUUAAUUUUUUAUCCCUUUCCUGUUUCCAAGUUUAUAUUAAUCACAGUAUUUACAGAAGCAUAUUGGCAUUGAGAUAUUAACCAUAAAAGGUUUUUGCCAUGGGAGAGGAGUCCUCCAGUACCACUGUAAUUAAACCUGUCUAACCAUUGUAAAUAAUUACCCAUCAUUUUUGACAGAUUGGGGCCAGCUUGAUGUUUUAAAUCUUCACUGCAAUAUGAAAACUUAAAGACUUACUCAAUUUUUUUACCAUUUUAUUGAAAAUACUUAAAAUCUGUUUUUACUGGAAUUUUUUUUGGUAAUUUGUGCCAUGAAAUUUGAAAACUACCAAAAAUCAAGGGAAAUUUUGUAUUCAAUUCCUUUUCUGGCGUAAUGUUAAGUUGUAUAGAUUAAUGCAUGUCCACUGACUAUAACCCUUGUUUUGUGAUAUAACUGCUUAGAUUUUAUUGGUGACAUUAGAUUAGUGGUUGCAUUAAAUAACUAAAUUCCCAUUGUGAUUAAUUGAAAUUUAUCUUUAAGCAAAAAGUUAUUUGUGAAUAUAAGCUUUGUGCUUAGAGAAUGUAUGUGUUUUUAUCUGUCAGUAUGGGAGGAUGUAAAUUCUUUGCAUCAUUAGUGAAUUUAUUGGAUAUGUAAUCCUUUGCAAAAUAUAAUUAUAGGUAUUUGAUAGAGCAUUGAGUGUGUAA